GCCAGAUCCUACUAAAGACCCUCUUCCGCGUCUGGUUCAAAGAGGCCCAGACUAAUCUAAACGGGCUGCAUCCGCAUUCGAGCCUUUUGCAUUAUCCGGUGCUUUUGGCUACUUCAGGAGCGCUCUGUCAUGGCGCACAAGCUUUCGAACGAGGCUGUCCUGGAUCAGCUCAAGAAUGGAGUCGCUCAGUUCGAGCUCGUCUCCUCCCCUCUUCUCUCAAUUUCAACGUCCAAUACUCAGGCAAACGCCACGCCGUUUCUCGGAGACUACAGCCACCGGUUCUUCGCUAGAAUUGGACCGCCACUAGGCAGAGGAUCUUCGGCCAUGAGGAAAGUCGAACGCUAUUCCGUUCAGAGAGUUACCGGUGAUGGACGCUGUCUAUUUCGUGCACUGGUAAAAGGGAUGGCAGCAAAUAAAAGGUCACCUCUUAGCCCAAGGGAAGAGAGAGACAAUGCAGAUGAACUACGGAUGGCUGUGAAAGAGGUUAUAUGCGAAAAUGAGGAAGAGCGCCCCCAGUAUGAAGCAGCUAUAGUGGCAAUUACUGUCGAUGAAUCCUUAAAACGUUACUGCCAGCGAAUCCAAAGACCUGAUUUCUGGGGAGGAGAGUCGGAGCUGCUGGUGCUCUCAAAAUUGUGUAGACAGCCAAUCAUCGUCUAUAUUCCAGAGCAUGAGCACACAAAUGGUGGAAGGGGUCCUGGUUUCAUUCCCACUGCAGAAUAUGGAAGCGAGUUUAGUAAAGGUUCGAGAAACAGAAAGCCGAGGAAGGCCGUGAGGCUCUUGUUCAGUGGCAGGAACCAUUAUGAUCUGCUUGUAUGAGAGACAAAAAGGGAGAGAGGCAACACAUUUUGUAGUUGUAUUCAAGAUAGAUUCAAUUUGUUAUAUGGAAUGAUAAUGUAUCUUUUGUUUCUAUUCAGAAGCAUUUUGCCUUCAUUUU